AUGAACAAUCGUGUCGAUGCAACCACGUCUUUUGUGCAACAGUCCAUAGCUGGGUCACUUCCUGCUGAACUGCUGCAAUGGAUUGUCCAGUUGAUGCUUACUCUUCCUCCUGUUCGCUUACGACCGACUCGUUCGAUUACUGUGCUUGCACUUGUAUGCAGACAUUGGAAUAAAAGUCUAAGACCUCUCCUAUGGACUUCUCUAUCCUUACAUCCAUCAUUCCUGUCUAAACCAUCGUUUGUCAAAUGGUUAUCCAAUAUUACCAAUACCACUAGUUCUUGGCUACUUCGAUCCACUCGUCAUUUUUAUGUGCAUCAUCCGCCCGACUCUCCUCAAGGACACUCAGAUCUACUACAACUGCUUACUGCCAUACGCAACAGUCGUCCAGGCAAUGAUGCACCACUUCUGUCUCUUCGCUUGUCUGGCAUUAGGUUUCCCAAUAACGAGCUGGACGUGAUUGCACCAUCCGCAAGUCCUUCGCUCCUACAUUUGUCACUCUCCAACUGCAUUUUGGAUGCUCAAUCACUACAUACGAAUGUCAUAGCUCGUCUUACUCUUGGUAGCAGUAGUUCACUGUCUACUCUUUGUCUAGACAAUGUUGACUCCGUGGAUGAUUCUAUACUGUUGGAAAUUAUCCAUAACUGUCACUCUAUCAAAUCAUUAAGCAUUGCAGAAUGUCAGUCUGUGACAGAUCUGAGUGUCAAGACUGCCAUUGAACUGUGGCCUUGCUUGACUUGGCUGAACAUUUCGGGUACAAGUAUCACGUUGACCUCCAUGCGCUGUUUAGCAGAAAGGGAAUCAUCAAGAGUAGCGGAUUGGGAUGCAAAUAAAGCGUCCACGCCAAGUGGCAAUUGCCAAUUUAGCCACCUCACCCAUCUAGCUAUUGCUAAUUGCUCAUUUCCAAAAGCAGUAACAAGGCUGUUAGCACAAUACUUGUCUUCGUUGACUUUUCUACAAUCAUUGGAUGUAUCACAUACUUCUUCAGGAUGGCCUGCACUUGCAAGUGCCAUGAUCCCUGAUACACAUGCACGUCCUUUACUCGUGUCGGAACAAAUGCUACAGCAAUAUACAUCACAACUAUCUAAUUUACGGUCAUUAUCUUCAGAAGAUCAUACACUUGAUAAUGGUCAUAACCUAUUUGGAUUGAUGAACGGCAAUGAACAGGAUCAAACAUCAAUUCAGUCAGAACUACAAUCUGAUGCAAAUCAAGCGCAAAGUCUCAAGGAUUCAUCCUUUUAUCGUCAUCUGCCAACGCGGUUUACUAUGUUGAAGCAAUUAAGAAUUGGAUGGCAUGGACUUUUAUUGGAGCAAGAUUGCAGACUCAUGUUCUCCCGUAUGCACGCACUAACACAUUUAUGGAUUGCAGAUAUAGUGUCGCUUUCACCUCGGGCUUUACAAAAUAUUCUAGUGCGGUGUCCGUUGCUCACCCAUUUACAUUUGCCUAGUCUGCCAAGAAACCAAUCACCAUCAGCAAUUUUACUGCAUCCAUCCGACUUGAUAGCAUUGAUACCAUCAAAAGCAACGCAACUAGAAUGGGUGUCGAUGGUAGGACAUUGUGUAACGGCAGACGUAUUACGAUCCAUUGGAUUAGGAUGUCGUCGAUUAGUUGGAAUAGAUAUUUCAAUGACUCGGUCGUAUCUUCAGCUUCCAAGAGUUGGUAGUGGUGGAAUGGGUAGCAGCACGGAGCAUCUCACCACGGCAAUCAUUGGAGAGUUUGUGGAGAUGGUGGUAGGACUGCAGGUAAUGAGAUGCGCAGGAUUGGGACUGAGUGCCAAGGAUAUGCGAUUGUUGUCGCAACGCUACCCACAUGUGUCUUUUGAAGACUGCCUGGCAUCCACUCCUGUAGACUGGAUAGAAAUGAAUUAA